AUGUUUUGCUCAAGCCAUAUUUUCUUGUUAUUAACUGUUAUUGGUCUUACAUCAGGAGCAGCAAAUAAUUCUUAUCAAAAUUGUUUACAAAUAGCUGCUCGAUUUGCAACAACUGUAACAAAUGGACCAGUAGCUGAUAUCAGAAUGACAAAUGGUUUCAAAGUUACAUGCCCACAAAUAGGAAAUAAUUCAUGUCCUAUGCCUAUGACUAAUGGAGUAUGCGUAUUUCAACAAAAACUUUGUGUAACAUGUAUCAAUGGAUCAACAGUACGCAUACGAGUUCAAUCUAAUGGUUUACCAAGAAGAUGUAUGAUAGUAUUUCCUACUCAAAAACUUGCUGAACUUAAUAUAGAUUUUGAAGUUAAUUUCAAUCCUGAUGUUAGCGUUAAUUCACCAAAUCAAUCGCCAACAACUACUGCAGCAGUCAGUGCGCUAUUAUGCAAUGUAACAAACCAAGGAUCUGUACCAGCUACAUCUGCAUAUAAUAGGAGCCAAAUUAGUACGCCACAGGAUGCAUUAGCUGGUGUAGCUGUCGAUGGUGUAGAGAUUCUUAAUGCUAAUAGUGCAAAUCUUGUUGAUCCAUUCUAUCCACCAGCUGGUUAUUCACCAGAAGGAGCUGAUCAAUGUAUUUCUCAUCCUGCUCCUACUAGUGGUGAAUAUCAUUAUCAUGUUGCUAGUGGAUGUAUGCUUAAUCCACCUGCAGGUAAUAUUUCUGGAUGUGGACCAGACAUUGGAUGCUUAAAUAGUGUAGCAAAUUAUUCACUUAAAAUGUUUUCAUCAUAUAAAAAUUUAACAGUUAUUGGUAUUGCAAAAGAUGGUCAUGUUAUUUAUGGUCCAUAUAAUUCAACAGGUCAGCAAGUUACAUCAGGUUUUGAUGUUUGUAAUGGUAUGUUCUAUGAUUCGAUUGGUAAUUAUGCUUAUUUUGCUACAACAACAUAUCCUUAUAUUACUGGUUGUUUUGGACCUGCUAAUUAUCCAAAUGCUAAACCUAAUUGUACAACUAAUCCAGCUCAAAGUUAUACAAAAUCAAUUUAUGCAGCUUCAAUGUCAACAUCAAUUGGUACGACAUUAAAUGUUUCAUCAUCAAUUAUUAGUUUUAUCACAUUCUUUAUCAUAUUUACUUAUAUGAUAAUUAUUAACUAA